CAGUACAAAUGUGAGGCUUUAGUGUUGAUCAGUUUUAUAGAGAUAAUAAUCAAGGCUCACUCAUCUGAGUGCAUAAUAUUUUUAGCUGGAACCACAGAGGCCAGGGGGGUGGUGGUGGUCAGAGGCUUCGAAAUUGUACACGUUCGAGAAGCAGGAGUGCUAAAUAUAACCAGGGUCAACAUAUUAACACACAAGCAUAAAUAUACAUGCAUGCAUGCACCUCAGCUGACCGACAAAACAGACAAAAGAGCUAAUUCAUUGUUCUAACAGUUGCUAACUGGGCCUUAGCGUUCUUCUCAAGGGAUUCUCAAGAGAACCCUAACAAAAAGAUACCAAGGCAGAUCAUCAUGCAGGAAAAUCCAAGUUGAAAACCAAGACUGAUUGGAUACAGCAUUGAUGGGCCUAUUAGAUAAGCCUCUGAUUGGCCAGGGCCUGUCCAGCCCUGAUCCCCUGGUUCGAGAAGCCUACCUAAUGGCCUAUGACUAUAUUAACUAUGUAACAAUCAAACCAGGCACAUCACUAGGCCCAGCACCCUCUCAAGCCUCAGCAGCGUUGCGCCAUGCAGGGGACGAGCUCCUCCAGCGCUUCCCGAUCUUCUUCCGUCGCUGGCCACGUGUCUUCCGGGACGUGACAGAGGAGACAGCAUGUUCUACACUGCUGUCCAUACUGGACGAGCACUUCUCCCAGACGAGGCGCAGGGACCUGGCCUGGAGCGCCGUACUCUCUGUGUUUGUGCUUGCUGGUCAGAUGGCACUUCACUGCCAAAAAAAUGGCAUGAACAGUGUUCUACCCCAGAUCCAGCAGUCUGUAGGCAGCUAUGUUGAGAGAGUCAUCUGCCCUGAGAUCAGGGACAAGGGAGGAUGGUCAGGUUUUGUGGCUCGCUUUGGGGAGAAGCAGACUUUGGAGGGCCAGGUAAAGAAGGUGUGCUGCUGGAGUUUGCUAAUACUGAGCUUGGGGAUCCUCACCUACUUCCUGUGGAAAAGAAGACUAAUAAUUUAGUCUACAGUGCCCUCAUGUGGCAAACCCUUUCAUAUGCCAGGACUUCUCAGAAAAUAUCGAGGCUAUUGUACAACGCAUAUUACUCUACAGAAUGCCAAAAUAUCAGCCUACCGUAAAAUAUCAUCGUUAUCAUUGUGAUAUACUGUUUACUCUGAUAAUAUACAAUUUCCAAUGUUGCCUUGACGACUGUUACCACAAGCAAUGUAAUUCAGGACAGUGUUGUCUUACCGGUUGCCUGAAUAACAUAUAAAUGAUGAUCCUUAUAAAUUAAUUAGGCUGAAAAUUUUGUAAUUUUUAUCACAUAUCACACCUUCAAGUGAUUGAUGUUCGAAAUAAACAACAAACAGCAGUAUACAACAGUCCACAUGUUAUGCUAACCUUGACUAGCUAAAAUUGCUAGCAGCACAAUGUUCACUGAAAUAUUCAUGCUUAUCAUGUGCUGUAUCACCAAUAGCUUUUUUCUCUUGCCAUUUUUACUUGUGAUAUGCUUUUAGAAUUCAGUAAUCAGUGUUUCUCUACAGUAUUGUAAAGAAAUCUUUCCUUUCACUGGUAUUUUUGACUGCUGGUGUGACAGUAUUUUCAAUUUUGAAGCCAGGCUAUGUUGAUUAGUGUAAAUAUGUAUAUCUUGUUUCUGUGUGUAAUUUUAAAUGUUUUAGUAGGUUAGUGUCAAAACUUUGAAUAAAAUGGCCUGUAAACAAGUGAAAAAAAUCACAGCAUGCUGUUUUUAUGACUGACAAACAAGGAAGGGGAAAUGAAUUAAAGAGAAAACUUGCCACCUCCUUAAUGCCAAUUAAGUGGAUUCUUACAGACUUUAUCUAGCAGGAAAGUCAUUUGAUCACUUUCAUGUCAGGUUCUAAACAUAUCAUGAAUAUACAGUAAAAGGGAAUAUAUGAGAUCAGUGUUACAAUAGCUGCUUAAAGUUUACCUCAGGCAAAUGACCUCAAUCUUAAUAACAAUCCAUUUACACUGAUCAGCUGUAACUUUAAAACCACUGACAGGUGACAUGAAUAACAUUGACUAUCUUCUUACAAUGGCACCUGUCAAGGGGUGGGAAAUGUUAGGCAGCAAGUGAACAGUCAGUUCUUGAAAGUGAUGUGUUGAAAGCAGGAAAAAUGGGCAAGUCUAAGUAUCUGAGCUACUUUGACAAGGGCCAAAUUGUGAUGGCUACAUGACUGGGUCAGAGCAUCUCCAAAACGGCGGGUCUCAUGGGUCUUGUGUUACCGGUAUGCAGUGGUUAGUACCUACCAAAAGUGGUCAGAGGAAGCACAACCAAUGAGCUACUGUAGCAAAACUACUGAAAAAGUUAAUGCUGGCUAUGAUAGAAAGGUGUCAGGACACACAGAGUGCCCUUGCUGACCCCUGUCCACUGCUGAAAGUGCCUACAAUGGGCACGUGGGCAUCAGAACUGGAGCACAAAGCAAUGGAAGAAGGUGGCUUGGUCUGAUUAAUCACAUUUUCUUUUUACAUCAUGUGGACAGAUGGUUGCGUGUGUUGCUUACCUGGGGAAGAGAUGGCACCAGGAUGCAUAGCAACUACCUAAACGUUGUUGCAGACCAAGUACACUCCUUCAUGGCAACGGUAUACCCUAAUGGCAGUGGCCUCUUUCAGCAGGAUAAUGUGCUCUGCCACACUACAAAAAUUGUUCAGGAAUGGUUUGAGGAACAUGACAGAGAGUUCAAGAUGUUGACUUGGCCUCCAAAUUCCCCAGAUCUCAAUCCAAUCAUCUGUGGGAUGUGCUGGACAAACAAGUCUGAUCCAUGGAGGCCCCACCUCACAACUUACAGGACUUAAAGUAUCUGCUGCUAAUGUCUUGGUACCAGAUACCACAGCACACCUUCAGGUCUUGUGGAGUCCAUGCAUUGACGAGUCAGGGCUGUUUGCAGGCACAAGGGGGACCUACACAAUAUUAGGCAGGUGGUUUUAAUGUUAUGGCUGAUUGGUGUAUACUUUCAGGCAUUUUUAUUUAUCCUAAGACUGUACUGGUGCAGUAGGCAUAAAAUGAUUUGCUCCAAGUAAUAUGAAUGCAUAUAACAAUUGAGAAGGUUAACUGCUGGGUAAAAAAGUGGGGACUCCAAAGUAAAAACAUUAUAGUCUCUAUUCUUACCUGUUCCCCCAUUUGGUAAGUGCAGGCAUUUGCAAUUUGCCUGCUUAUAUAAAAUAAAACAAAUCUCAGCCAUAACUUCUUGUGCUUAGCAGCUCCUAACCACCUUCACUGAAGAGUUUGAGGAAUGCCAUCUUCUGCAGCUUAAGCAGGUCAUGAU